AAACAAUUGAUUGCACUUGCACUUGCACUUGCAGUACACAAUUGUUAUUAUUACUUCAGCACUGCAUUUCGACAUCCACAACAGACAGAGGUGACACUGGCUGGUGAUUUAAUGGAGACAUGAUAGUAAAACCCCGAUGAUAGCGACAGCAUAGAAAUCCUCUCCUCCCCCCCUACCCCGCCGAAGCUGUCUGUCGAGACCAUGAGCGACCGCCGUCGCCGCUGGAGCCCGGAGAGCUCACGGCGCAGGCGCAAGGCCAAGCGGGACUCGAGAGAGCAGCUCGUCCUAGACGAAGCUUCCUCCAUGGCCCCUGACCCCAGGCCCGUGCCCACCGCGACAGAGAGCACAUUCGCAAGCUCAUAUUCCUAUGCCUACCCGGGGGCACCUCAGAGCCACGUGCCCUCGUCCUCAUUCCAGUACCAACCCGCCCAGGGCCCGGACCAGCAGCCCCUCCCCGGUGCCACGGGAGGGCCCAUUACCAUGAGGAGCAACGAUGACAUACGGUCCUCGGCACCGUUGCCCAUGCCCGGCCCGUCUCGUGGCUAUGACCACGAGCGCGGUCGCCGGCAGACACGGAGAAGUCGCCACGGCUCGCCCUCGAGCUCCGAUGCACUGUCGCUGUCCUCGUCCGGCAGCUCAUCCUCCUACCUGGACAUAUCACGAUGGUAUCCGAGCUACGGGCGGUCGGGGGGCGUCCUCAACGCGUUCUUCAAGACGCCCUCGGAGCGGAGGCAGCGCGCACGACGCCGCCGGAGCCUGAAAAAGAAGAACAGGGGCAUAUUUGCGUUCGGCAACAACUCGUCGUCCUCCAGCGUCAACUCGGACAUGGCGUACGGCAUGGGCUUCGUGAGGAAGCCCAAGAGCCGCGCCUUUAGCCCCCGCCGCGAGCGCGCCGCCACCCUGGACAAACUGGAGGGGAGGCCGCCGCAGGUCCAGCGGCGCCAGACCGACGAGGAGAUACUCGAGAUCGGGCGGAAGCUGGCCAAGGUCGCGAGGGACUCCAACAAGGAGGAUCUGCGCGCCAUGGGAAAGAGGCCGUCGAGUCAGUUCUCGGCUGCGCAGGACACCUGGGACAGGUACGCGCGCCAGACCGGCGCUGGGUAUGCCGCCUCGAGCCGCGGAAUUGCACCUUCAAAACACGGCCGACACUCUUCAUCCUCGUCCGAUGACGAGUGGGAGUCGGCGUCCGAGGGCGAGUACAGCAGUGACGAGAGCAACUCCGGGCUGGCCUAUGGCGCUGCGGUGGACCUUGGCAGGCCGUCGCCCCCACCAAAGUCCUCGGUGAGCAGGCACUCCGCGGUGCUAUCGGCCCGGCCACCAGAAGAUAUCAGACCGCCCGGCCGUAAGUCGUCGGCCGUUGACCCUAGGCUGUUCGGCCCGGUCAACUCGCUACGCGGGCUUAUCAGCACACCGUGCGGGUAUGGUGACAGGAACAGCGUCUAUACCAUUCCCGGGCCCGCAGAGCAGAGGUAUGCAGGUUCUGCGGGCACAGCGGAGAGCGCCUCGAUCGAGGCCCGGCCGAUGCAGACAGUGUACCCCGUGCAAACGUCGGACCCUUCGAGGAUAGACGCCGCGAGAGCCUCAGGCUCGCUCGUGUCGUCACAGCCCGGUUUCUCGGCUCUGUCGCGUGAGCCAUCCCACUCGUCACGGCGUCCUGAGCCAAUACCAAUCCAGGCCCCAAAACCUAUUGCUCCGGUCCCGACUAGCAUGUACGAUGAGCAGCGGAUCCGUGACCCAGAACAGACUUCUCCACGGGCAUCUCGGAUCAGGCCAAGCGAGAACAAGACAUUUGCCGAGACAGCCUUGGUGGGUGCAGGUGUUGCGGCGCUCGGCGCAGCAAUCAUGGCCGGCCGUGACAAGGGCAAGGGCAAGGAGAAAGAGAGGGAUUCUGAAUCGAGGCAUGGGCGCCAUGAGAGAUACGGUCAUGAGGAUCAUCGUGAGGAUGAAACCGUUGUGCAGGACUCACGUCGCGCCAAGGAGCUUGCCCUCGAGAAGGAAAUCGCGAGGCUCGAGAGAGCCCUUUCGGAGCGCAACAAGGCUCGAGAGCAGCGGAAACGUGAUUCGAAACGGGACAGUGCACCCGAGCUAUCUGGUGGCCGGGGAGCCGAUGCGGACGCGGAGGGUGAUUAUGAGAAGAGGCGCCGCGACCGCGACUCAAGAUACAGUGAACCCGACUACAGCUACGAACGACCAGAACCAAGCAGAAGGGUUAGUGAGCCUGGCGAGCGGCCAGCCCUUGCUAAGACCGGCCAAACCCGCGGCACUGAACUCCCGGCCGUCCCCUCGUCGAGCGGUGUUGACGUUUUCCAGUUUCAGGUCCCCGACGAUGCGUUCAGAGCCAGGGAUAGUCCGCUCAGAGCGGCUUCUCCCGUCAUUAUCGAUGUAACACCAGCACCCUCGCCUCCUCUGGAAGAAGAGCACAGAAAGAGCCGGCGUGAAUCAUUCGAGGAUGAGCUGCGUGACGCCAAACACAUCUACGAGGAGUCUAUGCAUUCUACGGCCCCUAUCUCGGCUGUCGACAUGGCCGCCGCUAUCGCAGCCACCGAACGGGCCCGGCAUCGCGAUGAGCCUGAACGUGGCCGCACGCUGACCAAGACACAAGAUCUUGUCCAGGAGAAUGCCAACGCCUAUUACCACGCCCGCCGGAUGGCCGAGAGGGAGGUCAGCUCCCGCAGCCGCAGCAAGUCAGAUGAGCGCUCUGUGAUUGAGAAGUACGACAAGGAAGUGGAGAAUGAGGCCAGCGGCCAUGAAAUCAUUCGCAUUGUCACCCCGCCAGAGAUGCAGCAGAAGCCGCAGAAGCACAAGUACAGCGAGCCCAACGCCGAUUUCAGGUUCGACAAUCUGAUGAGCCCCAAGGACCUCGAUCACUUCAGACCUCAUGAGUACCUGGUGCGCGACCCGUCUGCGGAACGCCCACGGCCUCUUCUGAACCUGGUCAUUCCGACACCUGUGCCUACACCCACCCCGGAGAGCCAGAAGAAGAAGUCUGAAUCGCCAAGAUCGAUCGAGCCGGUGGCCAAAGAGCCCGCGAAGGAAGAGGUUCCUGAUGUUGUCAUCUCGCCUAGGGGAGAGGUCGUUGAAGCACCGCAGACCCCGUCAUCCAAGCGUGUCUCUUGGGGACCCAGUGAGACCCAGCAGUACGAGGUCGAGAGCCCAGAAAGAUCGUUGGAGCGCAGAUCCCGCUCCCAUGAAAGGGAGAGAUCACCAAGCAGGAGCAGCGGUUGGGGCGCCACGGCCGCUGCUGUUGCCGGCAUUGCCGCAGCUGCAGCGCUAUCGAAGGACGAUGAGCCCGAGUCAUCGAGCCGUGAUCGCCGCGUUAGGGACUCUGUGGGCUCAAAGUCAUCAGAAGGCUCGCGCUCCCCGCCCAGCCGCAAGGUCCUGCCCAAGGGCACCGCACCGUCUCGGGUCCUGGACGAUGAACCCGAAGACGUCCCGCCUGCGCCCGGCCCAAAGCCUGCCAGCCCGCGCAGCUCACAAAUGCCCGGCGCGUUCGCGGAUGACCUUGACUUCGCAGCGACGCUGGCUGCUGGGUUGCAAGAUACCGGUUUCGACCCCAACAUUGUCAUUGAGGACGCUGCGUACCGCAGACGCGACUCACCCCCUGGCUCAAAUGAGCAUACAGGUGUGUAUAUGCAGCCUUACUCCGAGACCGUGACCGACCUUGGUGUAAUUGAUCUUGGAGAUGGGUCUCGAUCAGGACGAGAAUCUGGUUAUGUCAUCGGUGAGCUGGCAGAUACGCCCGCCAGUGAGAGGGGAUCCGCAUUUGAGCCGGCCGAGAGAUCUUCCCGUCGACAGUCAAGGUCAGAGGAGACGCGAUCCAUCGGCAGUGACAAUAUUGAAGUGAUCCAAGACCCAGAAGAGGGGUCUCGAAAGCUCAGUAAGAAGGAGCAGCGGAAGCUCGAGAAGGCCGCCCGCUCUGCGAAGCUCGCUGAGGAAGAAGAGCGGACGUCUCAGCCAGCAGAGGCCGGCGAUGAUGACUGGGAGGAGGCGUCUACUUCUCGGAAAUCCAAGAGAUCUUCUAAAAAGUCAAAACGAAUGAGUGGUGGCUGGGAUGACGCGGAUACGCCUGUGAAUGAUAGGCGUGUCUCUGUCCCAGUGGAUGCUUAUGACGACCUGGACGACACCAAGCAGGGAAACACCGUUUGGGAAGAACCGCAGAAGACAAGCAAGUCGAAGCGCGACUCCAGGGGUUACGACAUCGUGGAGGACUCUACUGAUCGGCGGGAGAGGCGCCGGGAAGAGAGAAGAAGAUCUGAUUUCUACGAGCCGCUCGAUAGGGAUGUCACCUCUGUGGUAUCUGAUUCCAGGCACGAGGACCGAUCGAAUGGUCAUCAACUCGACGAUGACAGAUCUGUGGUUUCCGCUCCAGACGGCAAGAGAGACAGCAAAUCCGACAAGAGGAGUAGCAAGGAGGACAAACGCAGCAGCGGUGGCUUCUGGGGCCUAUUGAAGGGUUCCAACAGCGUCGACGGCGAAAAUCAGUCAAAAAAAGAUAACGCCGGCACUCUUGGCGCGGGUGCCGGCGUAGCGGGAGCCGUAGCAGCACUGUCCUCUCUCGUAGCAGACAGCCUCGCUUCGCGCUCUGAUGCCGCCGAAGCUCCCCUGGAACAAGAGGAGACCCAGUACACCAUAGUUGAUGUCGAACAUCCCUCGGAGCGGCGUGCAGACAGCCCUAGUAGAGGCAUCGAUGUCUUCGAUUUCCAAGACCCGGAGAUCACGCCUCGGGUCAUCAAACCUGCCAUUGAUCCCCAGUAUGGCGACCUCCUCCCGCUCCCACCGAGUCCUAGCGAGGAACAGAAACUCGACUUCGAAGUCGGCGAGGACCUACCCUCCCUGCCAGAUAGCAGACCUGCUACGCCCCCUGGCCAAGAGAAGCUGCCGCGGCGGGAAAAGCGUGACAGCAGCCAGAAACGACCCGGCUUCCCUACACACUCCCGUCGCAGAAGCGCCUACGACAUGCCCCUCAAGUCUCCAAGCCACACAGCGAUCCCUAUUGCAUUCCGCAUGGGCCAGCGGUCUUCAAUUCCAGUCACACCUAGAGUCGUCAGCAACCCUACCUCGGCACAACAAUCGCCUUCGGUGCAGUCCAAUGAGACUUUCAGCCCCUCCACACGAAGGUCGCCUCGGCCGCCAUCUUGGGAUAGACCUACAUCAUGGGAGAGCACCCGGGAGAUCAAACCGCUCUACCUGAUCGAGCGGUCGGCUCAUGCGGAUCAGGACGCUGGUGAUCAUGUCCGUGAUGACGCGGCUGAGAACACACCGUUGCCCCCGAGCAGAGACUCUGAAACGCCUGCGCCUGAUUUCGAAGACCGUGGCGAUACCAAAACAGAAGACCGUAGUCUUGAAUCUGCACCGUUAUUCGUCGACACAGCGGCGGCGAGGGCUGCUCCGCUGGGGUCCCAAGAACCUACGCCUAAGGGGCCGAACCAGACCGAUUCUGGGCUUCCAGAUUCAGCUCGAGAGCUUGACGUGGUUCCAAAGGAUGUGAGCGGCCCCAGUCACAUUGACUCUGGCUUGCCUCACUCAGCCAAGGACGUCGAUACACAAUUCAUGGCGGAAACGCACCCGAGCUCUCGGCUGGAAUCGAGCUACGCCACACCGACCGGGUCCCCAAACAUUCAGGCCCAGGCACGGCCUGAAUUUCAGCGUGAUGAAUCUACAGAGUCAGUCUCGGACUUCCAGGACGCUCUGGAUAGACCCGCGCUUGUCGAGGACGUCGAUAGCGGUCGUUUGGAGGAGAUCAGCCGCAGAGUCGAGGAGGAGCAGCGUCCUCACCAAGUGGAGGCUACUUCUGAAGACAAGAAAGACAAGCCAGGCUUCUUCUCGGCCGCCCUGUCGAUGUUACCUGUUGCAGGUCUAGCUGGUGCCGGAACUCUACUGGCACGUGGAUCACGCGACGACGCAGCAGCAAGCGUGGAUGACCACCCCACCAAGAGCACUCAAGAACCUACUUCAAAGUCAAUCGAUCAGCCGGGCGAGGCCAGCGUUGUUCCCGAAGUCGAGGGAGGGCAUGUCGCUGUGACCAGCGAUCAAAAACAAACUCCGCCAACUGCAGGUGACGGCAAAUCGGGUGAAGACACACCUUUGGACACUCUUGGGGAUGCUGACGUCUUGGCGCCCAACGACUCAUCUGCAACACACAUGCGCCCUGAAGAGCCCAUUGCCAUCGAUGACGCAAACGUCACUUCGUCUCCGCCGUCAACUAAACUAUCUGAAAAUGAGCCUAGCACAGGCCUGACACAAAGCUCAAAAGACAUGGAGACGAUUCCAGAGACACCCAUUGAUACAGUUGAAUGGCCCGAGGAGAGUACGUCCAAGAAGAAGAAGGGCAAGAAGGGCAAGAAGAAGAAGAAUAGUGUCGGCGCCGCUUCUCUUCCGGUGGCGUCCGCGCCAAGCGUAGUACCUUCUUCAGACGUGCAGCAAGACACUCCCGUCCAGGAGGAAUCGAUCUCAAAGCUCAUUGAAGAGCCUACAUCUUUGCCGCAUGGCACAGCGGUCUCACCGGACCCCAUAUUCCAAGCGGGCGCCGCGCCUCAUGUUGAGCCUGGCACUGGCCUCAGUUUCGAGGAGAGCCCACCAACGGCCGGCGAGACAGAUGUCUCAUCCUCGCCUCGCCAAAUCAUUGAGGAAGGCCAAAAUCUGAGGGACGAACCACAGCAUUUGCCCAACCCAGAUGAGACUUCUACAACCUGGGGCGCUAUUUCUCAUCCCCAAGGCCAAGAUGACGAGCCCCAAGUUGGCAACCACAGUCGCAGAUUGUCAUGGGACGGGACAAGGUUGCGAUCGUCGCGCCGCAGCUCAUCAGCGCGUGACCCAGCUGUCCGGGAUGGAUCACCGGAUAUCUUCUACAGCGGUGAUGAAGCGCCAACAUCUAUUCACGCCUCUGCCGGGCAGCAGUACGAGAAGACUAGGCCUCUGCCAUCGUCCCAAAGGUCGUCCUUGGCCUCUGCACACGGCUCCGAACGGGGUGAUGAGCCUCGGUCCGGUGACGCUGUUACCUCUGAGCAACCUGAUACCAGUUCUGAUGGACAUGAAAAAAUGCGAGACGUCCAGCAAGGUCUACCAGGACAGAAUGUGGGCAUCGAAGAACUCAUCGAGAGCCCGCCGGGAGUUGUGGGACAACGUGUCUCUAGCCCAUUGACUAUCAUUGGGGAGAGCAGCUCUGCACCUGAGUUCCAUGACGAGUCCGAAGGGAAGUCAUCUGGCAUAGUUGACGAAUCUCCCUUUGUACAGCCGCAUCCUUUCACGGACCAAGUUCAGCGCAUUGGAAGCCCGACUUUUGAAGCCCCACGACGAGGAAUUGAAGCCAUCGAGAGCCAUUCGCAAGAAUCCAGCGCAGCAAUCAUGGAGCUUACCUCGCCAACUUCACCUUCAAGGGCGGAGGAACGAAGCAGAGAAGGGCUUGCACUUGAGCCACUCGACGAGACUCCCGGUGCGACUGUGCCACGCUUACUCCAUGACCCGCCAAUUACAAGCGAUGAAGCUCUUCUUUCCCCGAGUGAUUCUGUUUUGCAGCAGAAUGUGCCAGACGAGCUCCCGACAGAUACAACCGGUGGAAAAUCACAGAUCUACGAGCCGGAACUCGCUGUACAAGAUGACUCGCAACAAAAAAUUGAAUCCGUGGUCCCUACUACACAGAUAGAGCAGACUGAGGAGGUAUCUAGCCGCGCCAUCGAGGAAGAAGCCAAGGGAGACAUUCCCAGCUCGCCCCCGCGCCAAUCUCAGGAAUCUAGCGAGCUAGAGCACUCUGCUGCCCAAGACCUUCCUAGGUCAGUGCUACAAGAGACAGACCCGAUUCUAGCUUCAGGGGAGGAAGACGACAACACUUUCGCCGUGAACACGUCCAAGAAAAAGGAGAAGCGGAAGAGCAGCACGAUCAUUGGUCAAGCCUUUGUAUCUUCUGACCCAGCAACGCUAGAAGCGUUCGAUCCCAGCGUGGAGUCAGCCGAAUCAACCUUCGAGACUUUCACAGGUCAUCGAGAUGAGAUUGGCUUGAAAGAUUCGUCCUCUGCGGUCAAAGAAAUGCCCUUGGAGCCCGAACAGCAGUCUAUACACGCGGAAUCCGCUCUUUUGCAGGAGCCGAGCAAAGAAAUGGACCCCGAGGGUGUUGACAGCGGACUGGUCAAGCCAACGAUUCCUCUGAGCGUGGACAAAGUCCCUGUCGAGUCCCUCGACAUCGCGGGUCCAACCGUCCUUCGAGUCUCGGAUGAUGUUCCCGAAGAGAUCCCAAUCUCAGACCUAGAGAAGCCUGGCCUUGAAAUACAAGAGAAGCCCGCCGAGCUCCUUGAUGCAGACGAGAUAGCACGCCGCGAGGCCGAGGCUGAUCUCAUCCGCGACGAGGAGGCUGAAAUGUCCAGGUUGCAAUCGAAAAAGAAGCUGAAACCCAAGGAAAAGACACGUCUCAGGCAGUUGAAGGCAAAUGCCGACAGACGUGCUGAAGAGGCCACAGCCUUGGAGAAACCAACGCCUCCCCUCGAAGACAUAUCUGGAGCUCAACCGCUCGACAGUCCGCUUCCAAGAACGGCGGAAGAGGAGACUACUUCCACGGUAGUGGAGGAACCGAUUCUCAGCAAGCAUGAAUCCAUCACUGAUUCGAGUACGCUCAUUACGGAACCGACACAGUCUCAGCCAAUUUCUGAGCCUGAAGAAGCUGUUCCAACCAGCUCGGACAGUAUCAUUCCAUCUGAGCAGGUCUCUCAGCAGGAUCAAGAAGUUACCAGAAUUAGCCCUACAUCUGGGGAAGUUCUCCACCAACUGGACGAGUCCAUCCAACAGGGAGACCUUGAACCAGCAAUGGAAGCGUCGGCGCCCAAGGACGCUGAAGAUCUUGCUCGUAUUGAGGCUGAAGCCGCACUGGUCCGAGAUGAGGCAGCUGAAUUGUCCAGACUCGAGAACAAGAAGAAGCCCAACAAGAAGGACAAAGCGCGCAUAAAACAUUUGAGAUCCAACUCCGAACGACGCGCUCAGGAAGCAGAGUCUGCUGCCCAGUCAGAAAAUGUGGGUCGAGACACAGCAGACCUGGAAGUGCCUGUUCUUGAAGACCAACCACUGGGUGGUAGCUCGCAGUUGCAGGAGGAAGACAGCACUUACGAGCCCGCAAGUCAACAAACGCGUGAAAUCGGUGACCCACAGCCCUCGGGAGACGUGACCCAAGCUCCAGAUCAAAUCAGCGCCAGCGCCUACCCACAUAUCGACACCGAUUCCAGUCCUUUGGAGAGUGGCUCGGGGACAGCAGACAUCGGGCGAAGCCUUGAGGUGCAGCCACAGGGACAAGAAUUGGCCCAAAAACAGGCGGUGACCUCGCCAGAAGAGGCAACAGCUGACACUGAGCCAUUGUCGUUCGAGGAAAGUCUGCCUGGACUGCUGGAACAGCAGGCCAAACUAGAAAACACCCAGGCAGACGGCGCUCAGGCACCCCAAAUUUUGGUCGAAGACACAAGCUCGCCAGACCAGCUUUCUAAUGAGAAGAGCGCUGUGGACACACUUCAGGCGGAAUCCAUAUUGGGUAAUCAGCCACAAGUCGGAGAAUCUGUCUCGGAGUCUCUUGAAGCGCAACCUGCGGGGGGAAUUGUUGAUAUGCCUGGAAGUCACAUUGAGAGCACAAGCGAAGCUCGAGAUGACAGCCAACUUUCUGGAGUCCAAAAGCACGUCCUCGCGACUGAGAUCGAUCCUGAGCAAGCCAGUCAAACCACAGCUCAGGAGCCUGUACUUGUGUCAGACAUCCCCGAGACUGACCGAGGAACAGACAUCAGCGGUUCAUUUGGUGAAUCUGGGCAGCCUGCCGUCACUGUAACCGAACUGCCCCAAGAUUCAGAGUCGGGAUGGCCAGUCACGACCAAGAAAUCCAAGAAGGACAAGAAAAAGAAGCGCAAAGGCACUCUCUCCGAAGGCAGUGGCCAGAACUCUGGCACGGUGACACCAUUCUAUGAUGCUAGUGAGCAAUCACCAGUCGUCGAAUCUCGCAAUUUGUCUGAGACAGUGCCAGACGACGGAGACGUACCUCAGCCGGGCUCAUCCGAGCCAGAAGUCGUCGGAGAGGGCCAGCAGCCUAGGGCCAGCCCCGCCUUGGACGACAACACCGUCAAAGACCUGCAAAUGCGGGAGACUGUUACAGACCAGCCGCUCGAAAUCAGCGCCUCCAAUCAGCAAGAAACGAGCCUAGACGCCAGGGAAUUCAUCCCAGCACACGCUUUCAGUGAUGAGAUUGCAGCUAGGGACUUGCCAGAAACGAGUACAGGUGGCCCAACGUUGGAGAGCACUGUCCGACAGCCUCCUCAAGCGGAGCCAGAGCAAGCCGUUUUCGACGAAGAGCCUGAAUUCAAAAUUGUGCCCAAGAACUCGAAGAAAGACAAGAAAAAGAAGCGCAAGAGCACGAUCUCAGAUGACGCCUCAUUAGCUUCAGGCUCAGCAACCCCAAUUGUGGAUGAAGCACCGCAGCAGCCUUCCAGCCUCGCGGAGACACCAGUCGAUUUGGCGGACGAACAAGCCACCACACAACGCUCCUCCAUGCCAAUGGGCUUGGCCACAGAGGCAGCUACGAUUCUACCCACAACUGAAGAGACUUCGGGCGUAAAGUCGCCGGUGUUGGAGGGAGCACAACCUGUUGAGGAGCAGUUCUUGCCUCGCAACGUCAGCGGUGAGGGACCGUCGAUGUCACCCACGCUGCAAGGGACCUCUGCAGGUAUUUUAUGGCUGGAGCCAGAGCCAGCGUCAGAUCAGCUCACGCAGGCCGGACCCGAGCAUGACAAGCGCAAGAACUCGCCUUCCGGGUCUCUCACCCGCGCAAGAUCACCUUCUGAACCUCGCGUGGUCGAUGAGAUCGACCUCGGAAGCACCCAACAGCCGAGUUCGCCGCUUGCGCAACCUUCUGAGCCGGAGAUCAUUGCCUCUCAUGACUUCGCUGAGAGCCAUCCCAUAGCCACUGAGCGAAAGGAAGUGCUCUCUUCGGUACACGUGCCAGAAACGGAGGGAAUACGCUCCACUUCUCCGGUUGGCUUCGAAUCUGGAAAGCCGCCAGUCGAGCCGGAUCAAGCUACCAAGUCCGCUCGAAAGAGUGACGGCUGGGGCUUCCUCGCGGGUGCUAUCGCUGGCGCCGGCGCGGCUACCCAGUUCCAUGAGGGCCGCGAGAGAUCACCCGAGCGUGACGCACCCCUAAGGGAGAUCCCAGCUGAUCACAGCCCUGUUCAAAGCGCGCCUCGCCAUAGCCUCGGUUUUGCGGAUAUCGUUGAAACUGCCUCUACGUCCGGUCCCAAGGACCGAGAGCAAUUCCGAGCCCCAGACAUUAGCGAGACCCAAGUCCAGAGCGUACCCUUCACGGUUGGACACAGCAGUCAGUCGGAUGAUGCUACUCAAGAGCCGAGACUAAUCAAGGAAGACACUUUGGAUACAAAUAUCUUGCCCGAGGACGUUAACGAACAAACUCAAGAAAACGAGCCUGCUGGCCCCAGCUCCGAUGUACCGGGUAUCACUUCUCCCAGUACUCAAAUUCCCACGGACAAGGACAACAAAUUGGAGGAAGCGCUCCCCUCCGCCCACCUUGCCAAAGACUCUGGCAACUUGGAGGGAAUAGCUGCCGGUAUUCAAAGCCUGCCACAAAACGAGCUAACUACAACUUCUGAGCCUCCACCUCAAUUUGACGACUGGACACAAUCCUCUUCUUCCAAGAAAAAGAAGAAGAAAGAUAAGAAGAGGAAGAACUCCAGCAUGGCAUGGUCAGAAGCCGAAAGCGGAGCCCAAACGCCUGUCGCCGAGGCAUCAAGCGAGGCCCAGGAAAGCAUGAUCGAUACGAAUGUGCGCGCAACGAGCUUGGAUACUGUUGAAGUCACUACGCCCCAGGAAAGUUUGGUGCAACAACCAGAGCCAGAGCAAGAGUUCAGGGCAACUGAGAAGUUGGACACUGCCCCUAUCCCAGGCAACGAAAUUGGCGAAACAGUGUCCUGGGAAGGCGUACCGCAACAUACGAAUACAGACCUUGCUAGGGACACACCAGCUUCGCCAGGCUUGCACAGCAUAGGUGGCGAACGAGGCGUUCCUUCCGUGAUAGCAGUGGAUCAAGUCCUUGAUGACCCUGACGAGAAAAUUAGCAGCCCAGUUCUGGACCCCAAAGUUGACGAGAGGAGCGAACAAACAGUACGGUCAACUUCGCCUGAUGAUGAGAUGCUCGUCUCUGCCGGACAGGCGCAAGAAUCGUUAGAUCGCGAGGCUGAAGAGCACGAGAGCCUGACUCCAAAGAUCAGUUCCGCAUCGACAGAAGCCUUCGCAACUCCGUUGCAAAUGCCGACCGCAGCGCAAGAAGUUGGCACUGGGGCUUCUUCAAUCAAUGAACAACCCCUAGACCUUGCUGUCGCGAGGUACUCUGGCAAUGAUGACACUGGAUCCGGUACUGAUUUCGGCCGGUCACUUGAAUCCGAACCUGAUAUGUCCACUACGGUGCAACAAAACAUCGCAGAACCAGAAGCUACAUCGGCGGAGAACACAGCAGAGCCCUCGGCUGAAGACUUGUGGGCGCCUGUACCGAGAAAAUUGUCCAAAAAGGAAAAGCGCAAAGCCAAGAAAGGCUCUCUGUCAACCAACGCGCUAGAACCCACGACAACGACCCUUGAAGAUGACAGUGAGCGGAUCUCCAAGGAGCCAGCGACCGAUGUACCUGAUGCUUCUUCUCAGCAAAAGUCCCCAGUCCUUGGGCAAGCAGGCGACACUAUGGCGCAAGAUGUGGACAAGAUCGACCUGGAUCGCUCGCUUGAGCCAAUUAGUGAGCCAUUUUCUCCGCAAACACGGGAUGAACCACCAUCCUGGAUCCAGGAGACCCCAGCGCAAGAGACACCCGUUCUUUCUCGCAAAAUGUCGAAGAAGGAAAAGAGGAAAGCCAAGAAGGCGUCGCCCCUUUCUGCCUGCGAAGACGACAUCGCGGAGCCAGAGCCAGUGGAGCCUAGCCAGUCCCAAACUCCAAUCACCAUGGAGAGUCAAACCCAAGAUAUACCGACCACUUCCAGUCCCACCUUGGAUCCGGAUUUAGGGCAAAAGGAGGCGACUCAACUAUCCCUUGCUGAUGAAUCACAGCUGGAGCAAGAGGUCUCUGAAGACAAGAGUGCUUCUGUUGCAAAGGAUACCACAGCCGAGGAGGAAUGGGCCGCGCCAAUAUCGCGUAAGAAAUCGAAGAAAGACAAGAAGAAGAAGGGCAAACAGCUUUCUUCGGGAUCGGUUUCGGGCAUUCAGACACCUGCAGUCGUGGAGGAGCCCAUCGUGCAUGACGUGAAAGCCGUCGAGAGCGGCCAGCCCGUUCCAGAGUACUCUACCAAUCCCGUUGGACCUUCGGAAGAUCUUGGUGGGACCGAGAACCUCAGUGAUAUCCGGCCUUCAGAGACGAUCACCUCUGUACCUGAAAAUGACGCCAGCGAAGACAGGGUGUCUGAUCGAGAAAUUAACGACACCAGCCCCCCUCAAGGACGCAAAGAUCAUCGAUCUGCGGAACUGUACCUGCCUCUGGAAGGUGCUAAUGACCAGACGCUCAUUGGAUCUAGCAGAGACGCCAGCAUACCGUCUCAUCACAGCGAUCAUCGGUCUGCGGAGUUUUAUGUCCCUGGAGCUGAGCGUAGCCCUGAUGUACAGCAGCCAAUCAUAAUUGAGGAUGAUUGGGAUCUUGCGAGCGACGACCAAUCCAAGGAUAACAACAAGGCCGGCAGGUCUUGGACCGGCAAGGCACCGACUAUCAGCACGCCCAGGAUUGGAGUUCAUCACACUGACAGAGACCUUGACGAAGAGCCCAGCAAAGAAGCUGAGAAUUCAAAAUUCCUUAGGUCGCCUGGCGGCCGUGGCAAGGAAUUAGAGAAGAUGCAACCCAGCCCAGACCUGUGGGACGACGAGGAUUAUUUCAAGCCAAAGCCUGCUGGUUUCCCAGAGGCUGACCAGGAGCCUUUCACCAAGUUUGACAUCCACCCAGCAGUCACUCACGGUCUCAACACCAGCCCAGACAGACGUGGGGAAGAGCGGCCCCUGGUCGGUCUCGGACUGAUCCACCGUCACUCUUCGAUUUUCAGGGAAGACGAUGGCCAUGUGCCUAAACUGCUCACGAUGACCAGUGACAAUAUCUCAACGGAUUCAGUGGCAGUCCAAGAGACAGAAGAAGCACAAUCGGGCGAAUCUUCGCAGCUAGGUGGACUGUCAAGGAGUGACACCGUUCCCGCACGCCCUGGCAGCAGCCGAUCUUACGACGAGGGACUGAGUCCUGGUGUACCGCAGAAGAACAACAAGCAAUGGUUUACAUUCGAAACAGGCCCUGCACACGGAGCCAAUGUCCCCUUAGCCCGAAGUGUAUCUCCUGACAGUCUCAGACCAGUAUCGCCAGGCUUGCCAAGAUCGCCGCAGUUCCCGCCGCCUAGAUCACCACAGCUCUCACCACAACCAUCACCUAGGUCACCGCAUUUCCCACCACCGUCGCCCAGGCCGCCGAAGUAUUCCCCGCGGAAUUCCUCGAGUUUCGAAGCCGCCAGAGACCCGUCCAAGAAGGGCAGCGUAGCCGCGCUGGCUCAGAAAUUUGGAGGUGCCACGAAAGCCACCGGGCAGGGAGCAGCAGCGACCUCGCACGGUAGGGAGCCAACUACACCCGGCAGCGACAAUGUGAGUGAACCAUGCUCACAGCCUGACAUAGAUGCCGGAAAGUUUACGCCUCAAAUCCCAGACCAACAAAGCCGAGAAGCGGAAGUCCCUCUGGAAUCUGUGGUCGUAGAGAGCCCAGUCCUCGGCUCCCAGCAUUCUGUCGACUUCCCUAUGGACGAGGAGCAACCCACGGCCAUGUCACCGCGCGCAUCACCCGCCACUAGUCAAGAAGGCCUACCCGAAAUCAGAGAAGCGACCUUGCACGAUUUUGCAGAUGAACCUCAAAUCCCACCUGUCUAUCUAGCCCGGGACUUUGAUGAAACUGGAAGUGAUGACGGGCAAGUAACUAGGCACUCGAUGGUUGACUACAGCCGCUCUUCGCCGGGCGGCCUCCCCUCUGUACAGGAAGAACCCCAGGAGGAAGAAGCCGAGAUCAGUGGGCCUAUUCUUGCUGCGCAGCCCCGAUCAGUGACGCCAGACAUCAACCGUGACAGCGGUGUUGUAACAGGCUCACCAGUACCGCCUCGAGUGCAACAGUUCGAGAGCGCUCAGCAGCAACGGGACAGCGGUGUUCAUAUGCGAGAGGCGACUGAGGCAUCACCAAGACUCCUGGGCUCGCGUGCGUUCAGCCCGCAGCCUACACGCUUGUCACACUCGAGCAUCGAGGACGAAGGUGCCAGUGCCGAGGAAAAGUCGCCCAAGCGGACGCCUGUAGAAAGCGAGACACAUCGCCGCUUUAGGGAGGCAACCCCAGUCCUGGAGGCCCAAGACGCGCCAGUCACUCCUGAGCCGCGAAAGAACAAAGCCAAAGCGCGCAAGUAUCCAGACCUCGGGCCGAGCCCAGGGAAGAAGGCAGCAGCCGCGGCGCUCGCAGGAGGCGGCGCCCUUCUUGCAACAGGGGCGACGAGAUCUCGGUCGCCGUCCCCGUCGCCAUCGCCGUCGCCAUCGCCAUCGCCAGCAGCCAGCCAGAGAAGCGUUUCCGACAAUACAGAUGAGCUCCGAUCAUCUGCACUGCCAAGGCAGCGGCGGGCAGCAUCGUCCAACACGGGCAUCUCUCGCUCCAGGACGCCUGAGCCGCUCAACAUGCGGGCCGAGAGCCCGUCGCUGCUGCGGCACUCUGGCACACCGCCGCUUCGGUCCCGACGGACCAGGAGUGGAGACCUUCGGUCGCUCAGCCAAUUAAGCAACAGGUCGCACAGCGAUCUUGGCGCCCAAGCUACCAGCUCCCCAGCCUCCGCAGUCUCGGCAGCAAACAAAGCCCCUGCUCACCUGCCCAAAACAAGCACCCCAGCCCCAGCCUCGGGCGACCUGAGGAGAGCGACAACUCCAGCCGCUGUUGCCCAAGGAACCACCAGCAGCGCCCCCACUGCCAAUGAAGGCCGUGUCCGCUCCAAGGACAUGGCCGAUGUCUACGACGGCGUCGGCGAGGGCCGCCUGGGCUCACCCCGCUCUCCAACCCGACCACACAGCAUGCGUCGCCGCCAGAGCAUGCAGGUUCUCGAGCUCGAGUCGCGAGUAGAGCAACUCAUUGCCGAGAAUCGUGCCCUGCAAGAUGCAAGGGCUCAGGCAGAGCUCCACACCAGCCACCGUGCCAGCAGCACCCUCGCUGAGCGCGAUACCGAGAUCGAGGCCCUAAAACAGUCGCUCGACUUUAUGCGCAAGGAGGUGCAGCGCCUGACCGAGGUCAACGAGGGCCUCAACAGCGCUAUCCAACAACAUGCCGUCCAGCACGACGACAGAUACCGCCUUCUCGAAAACCAGCAUGCUGAGGCGACCAAGGAGCUGCUCGAGCACCGAGACCGCCACGGCUCCUACUCUCAGACAAUAGAGGAGAAGGACGAGGAGAUCAAGAGCCUGCGUGAGCAGCUCGAAGCCACAAAGGAGCAGAUCCGUGAGAUGCAAAAGCAGAUCCUGGCCACCAAGCCAGCAGACAGCGAUUUCCUGCGCAUCAAGGACGUCGACUAUUUCGACCACCGCUGUCAGCAACUCUGCUCCCACGUACAGCAAUGGGUGCUGCGUUUCUCCAAGUUCUCAGACAUGCGCGCCUGUCGUUUGACCACAGAGUUGAAUGACGAAAAGAUCAUUGACCGUCUGGACAAUGCAGUCCUCGACGGGUCCAACGUCGACCACUAUCUCAACGACAGGGUCAGACGUCGCGACGUCUUCAUGUCGGUCACCAUGACCAUGAUUUGGGAGUUUGUCUUUACUCGCUACCUGUUCGGCAUGGACCGCGAACAGAGGCAAAAACUUAAGAAUCUCGAGAAGCUACUCUUGGAGGUUGGGCCUCCACAGGCAGUGCGCCAGUGGCGUGCUGUGACCUUGACACUCCUUUCCAAGAGGGAGACCUUCAAGGACCAGCGCGACCAAGACACCGAGGCCGUCGUCCAGGCUGUCUUCCAGACACUGUCCAUGAUCCUCCCCCCUCCGUCAAACCUGGAGGAUCAGAUCCAGGGCCAACUCCGCAAGGUCAUGCGCGAGGCUGUAGACCUCAGCAUCGAGAUGCGAACCCAGCGCGCAGAGUACAUGAUGCUGCCUCCGCUGCAGCCCGACUACGACGCCAACGGCGACCUGGCCGAGCCCCACCCCUUCAACUCGGCCCUCAUGAACGAGCGCUCGGGCGAAAAGAACGCAACCCCCGAUAACGAGGCGCUCGAGGCCCAAGGUGCUGUCGUCCGCGUCGUUCUGUUCCCGCUCGUUGUCAAGAAGGGCGACGAUGACGGCGUGGGCGACGAUGAGAUUGUUGUCUGCCCUGCCCAGGUCAUCGUCGCGAGACCCAGGAGUAAGAGCCGGCAAUCGUACCGGGCUCCGUCCUCGGACGCCGGCGGCGUGAGCCUGCUGAGGGGAGCGAGCCCCAGCACGGCUCCAAACAGGAGCAACGUGAGCAUGACGGAUGCUCCAGGUAUGGAGGGGGCCAUUUGAUGAAUCUUAUGAAUGAAUGACAUGGGAUCGGACCGAGAUUUCUAUGGUGGAGAGGGAAAAUAGCAGAUGAAAGGUCAGUGGUCGGCAACGGCCGGUAUAUGACGGGUGGAAUUCAUGAGGCACGCAACGAAUUGCGAGAUAUCAGGAGUCUGGGGAAUGCUUUUUUUAGGGUUGGUUUGGUUUUUAGUCGAUUUCUUUUAUCACCGUGAUCACGGGCAUGGCAUCUAUCCAUUUCUCUUGACGACUGUUUACAUUCUGGGAAGAGAAAAUGGGACAGUCCUGAAUACAUAAUGUAGAAGUAUAAUAAUGACUGAACGAAGAUUUCAAA